AUGGGGGACAACAACGACCGCCCACAGGGCGAAGGCAACGAUCCUGAUGAAAAAGUGCAAUCACUCUUAUACAUCUCCGACAUCCUCUCUAAGACUCGAGAAGUCAACAUCUUCUCCUCUCUCACCAGGGAUAUCGAGGCUGUUUCCACCCGUUUCAAUAAUGGGACGGAGAAUAGUAUUGUGCUAGCUCCGUUGAAUUCUGCAAUCCAUGGAUUGCCCCGCAAACCUUGGGAGGAUCCAGCAGAUUAUCGUGACUUUGGCGAAGCAGCGUAUACGUCAAAGGAAGGGGAAGCGAGAGCGGAAAAGAAUCUAAAGCACUUCGUUGAAGCACACAUUGUACCAAUGUGCCCGUGGCCGUCUCAGGAGACAGUUAAGACUGUCGGUGGUCGCGCGAUUUAUUGGAAAAAGGAAGAUGAUGGGAAAGUUUAUAUUUAUCCUGAUAAAAUCGAGGUUCUGAAGAUUAUGACCCAGGCGUCUAACGGGGAAGUAUGGAUUCUCAAUCGAGUUAUAAAUUAUCUCUGA